AUGCGUGCUGAAAAGAUAUAUUAUACAGCACGUUCCUUGUUCGCCCGUUUCCUGGCCCCAAAAUGGCCGUUCACCGACCCCAGAAGGAGCGUCCGCAAUGGACAAUCAAGCAGAUGUCGAGAAGAUGAUCCACUAUACUUUGAAAACGCCGAGUACCUGGAAGGGGCCAUGGCCACCGCUGGGACGAGCUCACCCAACGAUGUUCCUGGGAAACAAAAGGGCAAUAAACGACUCGCUUUGGUCGGAGAUGCUUUGAUCAUCUUAGAUGAUCGGUACGCAGACGGUAUUAGUACCGAGCAAGGAGGUAAUCUUGUGAGCAGUCGAGGGUUCACUAGACAUUUGAACGGACUUGGGACAGAACGCGGGCUUCCGAGAUAUAUAAAGCUCAGCCCCUGUCAGCAGGGCAACGCACCUCCCACUACCAUGGCAUCCACUGUCGAGGUCAUCAUCGGGGCCGUGUGGGAAGACUCAGGAAAGGAUCUCGAUCUGGUUAGGGUAGUGGUUAGAGCGCUGGACCUCACUGAGUAG